GCAAUCAACAUCAAUUAUCAAUUGUCAGGCAGUGCUAUUUUUUAACCAGAUAUGAAGACAUUUUUUUGGUAGGUGCUCGUCUAUCCCAACAGCAAAGCCCUGAGUAGCAUCGCCAUUCCAUCAGAACAUACCUAGUAGGCAACAUACUUAAAACCUACCGACUAAUAUCAGGGAAAUUGCUAGCUGCAGCCACGCAAUAUUCCGCUAAUGGGGAGGAAAGGCUGAAAGAAGUCUCAGAUGAGGACCUGAUAGCAAUGGAAGUGCAGGCCAGAUGCAGCUUGUAUACGAUGCUGGGCAUAUAAAAAGAGAACAGUGAACCAUGCAUGAUCAUGACCACCACAAAGAAUACUACUACGAGCUUCUCUCCUUUUUGUCUCUCUCUUUUUCUUCUUUGAACUUCUCUUGUUCUCUUUUUUUCUUCUUGUCAUUUGUUCUUGCUCUGCUCUCGCCUUCUCUUCACCAUGAAAAAAAAAAAAAAAAAACAUCACCAACAUCACCAGAUAUCAUGCUACAAAACUGCAAAAAUAUUCCCGGCGCCCCCCAAGUACCCGGCUCCCACCGCGUAAGCAGCGGGAAUACCCCGACAAAGGUGUCCGAUCUCCUAUCGUGGCUGCGUUCAAGCAUCGCUGGAGGCGGCAGCUCUUGCAGAACUCUGCAACAGCCGGGGUUCGUACGAGGUGCCAGUGGACAAGAGCCAAGUUACGAGCCCCGAGACCGUUGAGAGAAACUACGCUGCUGUGGGCAAUUUAAACGGGAAGGGAGUUCCGGGGGUGAUAAGGCUAUGCCGCGAAUGGCAUAGCGGGGGUAUUAUUUUUCCGAGAGGUACGUGUGCGGAUGUACCUUUGCUCUGGGCGGCGGAUGUACUUUUAUGCGAAAGGGACGGAAAUGGAAUGGGAUGGAAUGAAAUGGGAAAGAGGGGUAGGAUGGAUGAAGAGUGAAAAGGCAUGAGAAUACCUAGAAGAUGAGCGACAAGACGAG